AUGGUUUAUAGAAUAGGUGACCGAAUACUAGACUUAAAUCCUACAAAAGGGUCAAUUACUGUUGAAGAUGCUCAACUUAUAGUGGCACAUCGUGUGAUAUUUAGACUUUGUCUUAAUAAUGCCACAUAUAUGUAUCUAACAAGUAUAAAGAAAAUGCUCCAUUUGUAUGGGGAUAUCAUGACCAUAUACUCUACAAUCCUCAAAAAAGUUCCCAAUUAUGACGAUGUCACCGAAAUGGUGUUAACAACACAUAAAUUAAUUGAGACGGUAGAACAGGAUUUCAAUGAUAUUUUCGGUUCAUCCGUGGUACCUCCAAUAACAAAUGACCAUUGGGAAACUUGGUCUUACGAAUUAAAAGUGAAGCCUUUGGCUCUACUUUGUAUAAAUUCUGCCAUAGAAACUAUGGAGAAUGCUUCCAAGACGGUAGAUUGUGUUGAUGUCUUUUUUGAGAGCUUCAAUAACUUAAAAAGACUUUUGAUUCCAAAACUAGCAUUGCAAGCAGCAUAUGUUCGCAGUUCAUUAGAUAGAGCCCUCAACAUAUUACACACUAUCACAGAGGUUGAUGAUUUGGUUGAUGAAAUGAAUGAAUUGGGUACAUCAGAGUUGGCUCGGAUUUCAAAAAUUGAAACUCUUACCACUAUGCUUGAAAAUGAAACAAGCGGUAUGAAACUCAUGUUUAAUUCUGGUGACCGUUCACUUGACAUGUACAGUGUCAUUAUUUUAGGGAAAGGAAUCUUGCGACAGGACUUAUCAGCUGAAGAAUGCCAAAUCCUCAGACGUCGGGAGAUUUGCUUCCAAGCAGAGAAUAGCAUUGCUUGUAUUCCCCUAACUGAUAACCCACCAGAGAACAAUAGUUGGCACAAUUCAGCAUUUGGAGGAGUUGCCGGGGUUGCGGUAUUGGUAUUUAUGGUAGCGUUUGUUGUAGUUUACCGUCUCUAUCGGAUUUUCUUCUUUUAG